AGAAUUCCUCACCAAAUUAAUACAAAUAUUACCAUCUUGAUCCUUGAUUUCUGGUACCAAGAAAUACGGCUACAAUUAGCAAAAAUACAAAUAUUGAGCUGGAAAAGCUGGCUGCUUCCUCUUGCAAUAUAAUAAUGAUUAUGAAAACGAAAAAGAAAAAAGAUGGAUUAGGUGUAACUAAUCCAAUCGCAAUAAACUACAAGUUGGAAGAUUCCCCUGGCUUCAAGGGCAAUUCUCACUCACUUUCAGUCACCUUCGACCGACAAAGCUACAAACGUUUCAAAUCACCAAGGAUAUUAUGGAAGCAUUCACAAGACCACGUGCCUAAGACGCGUGAGAUUGUGAGGCAGACUCGCGAGUCCACUGUAGCUAGUUUGGUCAAACAUCAGGAGCUGGCCACUGGAUGGAGCAUAGUUGACUUUACUGCACACUCUGAUGGGAGAAAAGUCAGAGGGAAGUGCGGCAGAGCAGCUCGAGUUCAAUUUUAUAUUGUGGCUUGGAUCUCCUCUGAUGAUUCUCUUACAAACAAUGGCUGCUUCUGCUUUUCCCUGUUCCCAAAUUCCCCUUCUCCCACAUGUAAAAGUAGUUGCAGAAAGCACAUAAAAUUUUGUUUCUUUCUUUUCCUCUUUCGUACCUUUGAUCUAUCUCAUCAGUUUCUGUUUGAUUAGAAGCAAAAAUCUU